AUGAGUCGCAAGGAAGCACUGUCGUCAUUUAUACAGCAAAUUCACGGCAGACCAGUAGUAGUUAAAUUAAAUAGCGGCGUCGAUUACAGAGGAGUCCUCGCCUGUUUAGAUGGUUAUAUGAACAUAGCACUGGAACAAACUGAGGAGUAUGUCAAUGGACAGUUAAAGAACAAAUAUGGGGAUGCAUUCAUCAGAGGAAAUAAUGUGCUCUAUAUCAGUACGCAAAAACGAAGGAUU